GCCGAUGAACCCGCGUGUGCUGUUUUUAUUUAUAUUGAGCGGCAAGUCGCACCUAGCACGUGUACAUUCCCUACCUUAACGCGCAACAACUUCUCCGGUAUCAUGGUCGCCCAAAAUUCCGACAAAAUGAAAGCCCUGGCCAUAAAACUCUUUGAGAUAAAUGCCUUCAAGUUCGGUGAUUUCAAGAUGAAGGUGGGCAUCAAUUCGCCCGUUUACUUUGAUUUGCGGGUUAUAGUCAGCUAUCCGGAUGUGAUGCAAAUCGUCUCCGAUUUGCUAGUUGCCCACAUUACGGAUCAACAACUGAGUGCCAAGCAUGUCUGUGGUGUUCCCUAUACGGCCCUGCCUUUGGCCACUCUUGUCUCGGUGAACCAGAAUACGCCCAUGUUGGUGCGACGCAAGGAGGCCAAAGCCUAUGGCACCAAGAAGCUCAUCGAGGGCAUCUACAAUGCCGGUGAUACUUGCCUUAUAGUCGAAGAUGUGGUCACCUCGGGCUCUAGUAUAUUGGACACAGUGAAGGAUCUGCAAAGCGAGGGUAUUGUGGUCACCGAUGCCGUUGUGGUUGUGGAUCGAGAGCAGGGCGGAGCCGCCAAUAUAGCCAAGCAUGGCGUUAAAAUGCAUUCCCUAUUCACACUAUCAUUCCUAUUGAACACAUUGCAUGCGGCUGGAAAGAUUGAGAAGGCCACUGUGGAUGCGGUUGCCAAGUACAUUUCGGCUGUCCAAAUAAACAGCGACGGCUCAUUCGUGGGGGGAGGAGAUAAAAGUGAUGCCGUAAAAGCUAAUGACUUGCAGCGCACUCGAUUGACCUAUGAGAAUCGUUCUAAUUUGGCUAAGAGUGCAGUGGCCAAGCGACUAUUCCAACUGAUGGCCAGCAAACAAACGAAUCUUUGUCUAUCUGCUGAUGUAACCAAGGCAGAUGACAUUCUCGACAUUGCUGACAAAUGCGGUCCAUACAUUUGUCUUUUGAAAACUCACAUUGACAUUGUGGAGGACUUUAGCGAAGGUUUUAUUACCAAUCUUCAGGCUCUGGCCAAGCGUCACAACUUUUUGCUAUUGGAAGAUCGUAAAUUUGCCGAUAUUGGCAAUACGGUUUCCUUGCAAUACGGCAAGGGACUGUACAAGAUUUCCAAUUGGGCAGAUUUGGUGACAGCUCACACUUUGCCGGGUCGCAGUAUAUUGCAGGGACUAAAGGCUGCUCUCGGUAAUGUGGAAGCAGGUCAGGAACGUGGCGUAUUUCUUUUAUCCGAAAUGUCGGCCAGUGGCAAUCUAAUCGAUGAUAAAUAUAAGGAGAAUAGCAAUAAGAUUGCCACCGAAGGUGGUGACAUCGAUUUCGUAGCUGGCAUUGUAUGUCAAUCCUCAAAUGCCUUUGCCUUCCCGGGCCUAAUUCAAUUGACACCGGGUGUAAAGAUCGACGAAAGUGUCGAUAAAUUGGGACAACAGUAUCAGACACCAGAGCUUGUGGUUAAGGAGCGUGGAGCCGAUAUUGGUGUAGUCGGUCGUGGCAUUAUCCAAGCGAACGAUGUGCAAAAGGCAGCCAUCACCUAUCGCGAUCGCCUUUGGACAGCCUACAAAGAGCGUGUGGCCAAGUAGUUCAAACAUUUCCAAAACUAGGAAAAAUCCUUUAAACUUACUUCAAUUUCGUUUAUGUAUUCCUCUAAACUUAUAUUUUUCACAUUCUAUCUAGAUUUUAUAUGGUAUCUCUAUUCCAAACUUGCACAUAUAACUUUGAAAUCCCUUGACAAUUUCGGUUUUUGGUUUCCACUAUCUUAUUAAUUUUAUAAUUAAGCACAAAAAGACAAUCGAUUUUUAUGAAAAUGCAUUUAUGAGAAGAAAAAAAAAACAAUAAUCUUGUGUAUUAUUUUUUUUUUUUGAAAAUGUUUAACAAUUGAUGAUAAAAUUUGAUAAGAUUUUUAAAAAUAGAUGCUGUUUAAUAAGAAGCCAAACAUUGCAAUACAUAGCUAUAAUCUCCAGAUAAAUCAUCCUGUAAAUGAAAUAAUAAACAAAUAUAUAAGA